GUUCCCGCCUCCAGCGGACAUAUUGUUUCCUUUCGCGUUCGUAGGUCAGUCACCAGAACGCAGUGUCAGGCUCCUAGUGACGGGACGGGAAAACGCGAGGGAAGGCGUUGUCGUCCAAACAGAAGCUGGCCUCAGACUCCACGGUGGCGCCGCCCGUGCGACCCAGCUCUGGGCCCGACCGGGGCCAGAGAGAAUCCGCGAUCCCCAACCCUGCCUCCUCUCCCCCUGGUCUUUAGGACUGAUGGCUAUGGCCGAGCUGCUGGACGCUGCGCAGGUUCCUGUGAACACAGAAGUAAUUAUGGGCCCUAAACAGGGACAGGUGAACUUUGAGGACGUGUUCGUGUGCUUCUCCCAGGAGGAGUGGGAACUCCUUGAUGAGGCUCAGAGGUUCCUGUACCGAGAUGUGAUGCUGGAGAACUUUGCUCUUAUGGCCUCACUGGGUUGUUGGCGUGGAGAGGAGGAUAAGAAGAUACCUUGUGAGCAGAGCGUUUCUAUAAAAGGAGUAUCACAGAUCAGGAUUUCUAGGGGAAGCCCAUCUACUCAGAAGGCUCAUUGCUGUGAAAUGUGUGGCCUGGUACUGAAAGAUGUUUUACAUUUGGCUGAGCACCAGGAAGCACAUGCUAGGCAGAUGGGUGUAGUAUGUGGGAAACGGUUGCAGUUUACUGCAAAUGUUCACCAGCACCAGAAGCAGCAUGGUGAAGAGAAAUCCUUGAGAAAGGAAGGCAGGACUUUUCUUCACAAUUGUCCUGUCCAGCCCUCACCGAGGCCUUUUGUAACAGGGGAGAGCUUGAAGGACAGCAGCCCAAGAAUUUUCCAGCACCAGACCCCUCACAGUGAGUGGGGCCUGCAUGGCAGUAGCACAAGGGAAGAUGCCUUUUACAGUGGCCGAAGGCAGUACAACUGCAGUGAAUGUGGGAAAGCCUUCAGCCGAAAAGAUUCACUUGUUCAACACCAGAGAGUCCAUACUGGAGAAAGGCCCUAUAAGUGUGGUGAAUGUGGGAAAACCUUCAGCCGCAAACCUAUACUUGCUCAGCACCAGAGGAUUCACACUGGUGAAAUGCCUUAUGAGUGUAGUAUUUGUGGAAAGGUUUUUAAUCAUAGUUCUAACCUUAUUGUACAUCAGAGAGUCCACACUGGAGCAAGGCCAUAUAAAUGCAGUGAGUGUGGGAAAGCCUAUAGCCACAAAUCCACACUUGUUCAGCAUGAGAGUGUGCACACUGGAGAAAAGCCUUAUGAGUGCAGUGAAUGUGGGAAAUACUUUGGUCACAAAUACAGGCUCAUUAAACAUUGGGGUGUUCACACUGGAACAAGACCUUAUGAGUGCAUUGCAUGUGGGAAGUUCUUCAGCCAAAGUUCUGAUCUUAUUGCACACCAAAGGGUUCACAACGGUGAAAAGCCAUAUGUGUGUAGUGAAUGUGGAAAGGCCUUUAGCCACAAGCAUGUGCUUGUUCAGCACCAUAGGAUUCACACUGGAGAGAGACCAUAUAAAUGCAGUGAAUGUGGGAAAGCCUUCAGGCAAAGAGCGUCCCUUGUCCGGCACUGGAAAGUUCACACUGGGGAAAGGCCUUAAAUUGGCGGGAACUAUUCCAUCUCAUUGACAACUGACACCAGAGAAAAAUUCAGUAGUCUUGUGCACUAUUAGCCAGAAUUGGAGCGUCAUACAUCUGAAUACCCACACUGAGGAAAUCUUAAGUGCCAGCUACAUGGGAAGCUUCCUGGGGCCAUGUUGCAUUUUUUGUCUGCUAAGCCCCUUGCCAAAAUUCUACCACUGCCAUUGUCUGACAGAAGUCAUCUUUGCACUAGCAGAGUCCUGCCUUGUGCACAUCAGUAAUUUAAAAGGUGUGCCUCUGUGUACCUCCUCCUUGAAAUCAUUAGAAGCCCAUCAAGGACUUUCAUUCUUGUCUGUCCCACCCAAGUUGGUUUAAGCAUAGAUACGGCCCAGUUUUGGCCAGGAGAAUUCUGUGAGCUGUCUGCCCAUUGCCCUCCUUUAGGGACAUUGUUGGUCUCAUGUAGCAUUUGUAAUGGGUUGUCUAAUCCCCAAGGCACCUAAUUCAAAAUCUGCCUUGUCUUCUGGUGUGACGCCUUAAUUUUUGCACUCCCUGUAACCAUGAGGUUCUUUUCACUCCGUGAGUGGAACCUCCGUGAGAAUUGAGCUCCACAAGCAUGAAGGGAUAAACAACUUUGUGAGAGCUAUAGAUGCAUGUGUGUCUCAUAGGUGAUAGAAGGGCAAAGAAUAGCUCUGAUCCAGUGUCUGCCCAUUGUGCAUUGCUGCAUAAGUGCUUCUAAGAAAGAAUAAUGAUUGUCAUGGGCAAUCUUGAAUUCUAUGGCAAAAUUAUUUGAAUGAUCAAUGUCACCCUGGUGAGUGGGCAUUUAUUGUGACAAUCUCUAAUGUGUCUGAAGGCAGAUUGAAUUGAGUUCCCUUGGUUUCAGAAUAUAUUUCAUAUUUCUCAGCUCAUUUGAAAACUUGACCCUUUGAGCCCUGAAGUCUUUCAUUCAGUAGGCAAAUACUGGACCAGCUCAAAAUCAUAAUUAGUGCAGGGACACUGAUAUGGAUUUGGAGACAACAACAAACUACAGGGAAUCCAACCCAAGAGUAGCUGGGCAUGGUCAGAGACCCAUGAAGUCUAGGUUACUUGGGAGGCUAAGGCACAAAGAUUGCUUGAGCCCAGGAGUUUAGAACAGCCCAAGCAACAUAGCUGGACCGUGCCUCAAUGAGUAGAAGUUAUCCACGUGCAUUCCAUCCCUAUGGCUUGGCAGAAAAGAACUUGCAGACCUGUGUAUUUUCUGCAACAAACCACAUAGUAGUAGUGUGUGGUUUCAUAACUUUUGGUGCACAUUUUGCACUACUGAAUCCAAAAGUUGCCCAAUUCUCUUUAUAAAGGCUCCUGUCCCUAGGAGACCACUGAUUUGCUGCCACUCGAACUUAUACAUGUGGAAUAAUGCAAUAUGCACUCAAGUGUAGUUGUUUAAUUUUGCAUAAUUACUUUGAUUCAUCCAUUUUGUUCUGUGUCUCAGUAGUUUGUUCUUUUGUUAGUAGUCCACUGAAGAUAAUUAGUUUCAAAACAAGUUAUCUAGAGAGAACUCAGAAGAGCUAAGCCAUAGUCUGCUGUAACUUAACCUGGACCUGCUGUGCAGCAUUUCUGAUACCUUCAGUAGGUGAAUGGACUCAUUCUGCUAAGGUGGAAGGGAACUGUAUGAAAGUGAGAAUGUAAGGUAGGAAUUUACAGAGAUUUUCACUGGAUGUUAGCCAGAAGAGAAGCCUUCCUUGAAAAAGGAUGGGGCUUUUUCUUAGAUACUGAUAACUACUUUUUAACUUUUUUUUUUUUUUAGAUAGGGUCUCACUAUGUAGUACUGACUGGCCUCAAAUUCAUAGCAAUCCUCCUGCCUCAGCCUGCCUUCAAGUCCUGAGAUUAUCUAUGUGUGUCAUUACACCCAGUUCUUUACUCUUUGAAUGGCAAAUUAAAUUGACCGAUAUCCCAGUCCUUGAAUUUCUGGGGAAAUGUCCAUUUGGUAAUGAUGUUUUUGUUUGUUACUUUUAGGUAUUGCUGGUAAGUGUUGAAUUUGAUUUGUUUUUUUUCUUUUUAAAUAUGUUUGCAUCUAUAUGCAUGAGGGUUGUUAGUUGAUAAUUUUCUUUAAUGCUGGUUUGGUUUUGGUAUUCUGCAUAAUGUUAUCUUUACCAAGUAAAUUGGCAGAUACGCCUUACUGCUGAAUUUAUGGAAAAGUUGCUAUUUCUUUCUUAGAUGUUUGGAAGUAUUUGCCAGUGAGACAGUAUGGUAUGAGUUUGUUUUGCAGGGAAGUUUUUAAGUGCAAGUUUAAUGUCCAUGAUAGGUAAAAGGCUAUACAAGUUUUGAAUAUAUGAACACACAUACCCACAUUUCAGGUGAAAAAUAUCUUUCUAAACAUAUGAAAUUAAUAAGUAAGUCUUAUAAAAUUGCACAAUAUAUAUCCCCCAAUAGAAUGAGCUUUGAUAAAUUGUGUCUUUUAGCAAGUUUGUCUAUUUUAUUUAAGUAUUUGAUUUACAUUUUGAAAAUAUUACCUUAUUGCUAGGAGUAUGUAGAAUCUGUACUAAUUCCCACUAAUACUGGUUUGGCUUUAGUUGUUUUUCUUUUUUGUUUUGUUUGAGACAGGGUCUCAUUAUGUAAUUCCUGCUUGAUUUGGACUCAUUGUAUAGCCCAGCCUGUCAUCAAACUCAAUGAUCCUCAGCUUCCCAAGGCCUGCACCAUGACAUCCAGCCCCUAAAGCUGUUAAUAUCCAUACAGUGUUACUAUUUUAUUCCUGAUCAGUUUGGAUAGAAACUUAUCAGUUUUACUGAUUGUAUUACAGUACUUGGUUUCAUUAUAUUUUUUCCACUUUCUUUUUUUUUCCAUUUUGCUUUUUUUUUGGCAAGGUCUUGCUGUGUACUGUAGGCUCACCUUAAACUCUCUUACAUAGUCCAGGCUGGCUUUGAACUCAAGGCACUUUCUCAGCCUCCCUCCCAAGUGCUGGGAUUACAGAGGUGCCACACCUCUCCUCGCUUGACUUUUUACUUUCAUUUUCAGCUUUUGCUGAAUUUCAUUUCUCUUUUUCUACUUUUUUAUUAGAAAGAAGUCCUUCAUUUGAAACCUUUGUUUUAUUCCUAAAGUAAUUAUACAAUGCUAAGCUUACUCCUUUAAGAACUGUGUUAGUUUGUGUUAGAUGUCUAACACAAAAUUUGAUGUAUUAUAUUUUCAUUUUAGUUAAGUUUAAAAUCUUUUGCAGCUUAUAUCUGAAUUUCUUUUUUGAUACACGGCUCUCAUUAGAAAUGUUAUUUAGUUUCCAAAUAUUUGCUUACUUUCUUUAUGGGAUUUCCGGUUUAAUUCCACUGUAGCAUGUAUGCUUUAUGAGUUGAAUUUUUUUUUAUGAGUUGAAUUAUUGACAUGUAUUGGGACUUGCUUUCUUGGCCCAAAUAUAAGCUACUUGGCAAGUGUUUCAGAUUCACUUGACAUGAAUGUAAUGUACUCUUGUUCAAUGAAAAGUCCUACAAAUGCCAGAGGCUACAAUGUCUAAUUAGUGUAAAUUUUUUGUGUCCUGAGUUUCUGUGUUUGGAUUGUUUGUAUCAAUUACUUGAAGAGAAUGCUUGAAUAUAAAAGUAGACUUAAAUUUUUCUUACAUAUUCUGAAGUCAUUGAAUUGAGUAAAUAUUUUCUAUUAUGUCUAUUUAGUGAGUUGAUUUCUGUCAUCAUCCUCUACAGAAUGUUCUUUGCUUUAAAAAUCUACUUUGUGUAAUACUGUUAACUUGCAUUUAUUUUGAUUAGACCUUGAAUUUUGCUGUUCUGGAGAAUGGAAAAUAUUUUGCAUCUCUAUAAAUGAUUUUUUUUCUCAGUUACCCUGUCAAGUUCCUAGGAAACAAUAUGAUCUUUUUGGAUCUCAACUCUAAGCAUUUUUAAGGGGCACUGUUGUAGCAUUUAUUUUAAAGCUAAUUCCCUAUCCUCUAUUAUAGCAUAAACAUUGUACAUUCAUUCUCUUCUUGAUAAUUCCUGAAUUAUGCGGUUUUCCACUCAAGCUGGCUAGGCCUGGAUAUUCUGGUUUCUGGAUAAGCUUUGAAAAUUAUUAAUGUAAUCCUUCAGUUGAUUUUUUUACUUGUCCUCUGAUGGUUCAGUGUAGGUAUAUACCAAUUAGUACUCUACUGAAUUUGUGGAGAUGUCUUUAUGUAUAUCUCUUAAGUUUUUUCCAUCCCAUUUCUAUAUAGACUCCAACUACCCAGGUGUCAGAUUCUGCCUCCAUAACUCACAACAAUUUUGGGAUUCUUCUGGGUUCUCCAUACUUGCUCUACAGCCUGAGAAUUUAUUUUCACAGUAACCUAAUACAUUGAUUUAUCUCACAUCAUUUGCUUGCCUAAUGAGAAUGCAAUGUACUUUGUCAUUUUAUUUAGCUUUUCUUUUUUCUUUAGUGAUAGGAUUACAAGCAUGCACUACCAUGCCCAGCUUUUCUGUUUUCUUGAAAAAUCUAUGAGCCAAGCUGGGGAUUUAGCUCAGCAUCAUAAGUGCCUGCCUGACAAGCACAAGGUCGUGAGUUCGAUCCCUCAUACCAAGCGGGGGGGAGGGGGGGAAUCUAUGAGCCCCCAAAGUAAAUACUUUGACUAUAACAGCAAAAUCAGUAUACUUCCAACCAAAUCAGAUAAAAAAGAGAACCUGAAAAUUACAAAUGUGACCAAGGAAAGAUGAUAUAGUAUUGAAAUAUUCUUGAAACAUACAAUAGAUUAAGUGUGAUUAAACAACUUUUUCUUAAUAAAUUUAAAUUUGGAUAAGAAAACUCAAUUUAAAAUAUCUACUGAUCAGGCUCAUUCAAGAACAAAUAGAUGGCCAGGAGAGAUGGAGCAUACCUGUAAUCCCAGCACUUGGAAGGCUGAGGCAGGAGGAUUGCUGAGAGUUUGAGGCCAGCCUGAAUUGCAUAGUGAAACCCUGUCUCAAAAAGGCAAAAAAGGGGGCAGGGGAUUUAGCUCAGCAGCAUAAGUCCCUGCCUUGCAAACGUGUGAUCGUGCAUUUGAUCCCCAGUACAGGGGGCGGGGGGGGGGUGGAUCUGAAAAAUCCUUUCUGCUAAAGGUAGUGUUUCCAGACUACUAAUAAUACUAAUAUUUGUUUAAACAUAAGGAAUCACCAAAAAUUUGAGAUCAAAGUGGCUUCACUAAUGAUUCUACCAAGUAGUUAAUGAAGUAAUAAUUUAUAUCCUAUUAAUAUUCUAUUAAAUUCUUACAAGAUAUUAAACAAAGGUGGUACAUUUCCCCACUAAUUUUGUGAAGUCACUGUUACUCUCAGAAUAAAAGUAGGUAUGGGGCUGGGGAUUUAGCUCAGUGGCAUAAGCUCCUGCCUUGCAAGCAGGCAGUUGUGAGUUCGAUCCCUGGUACCGAUAAAAAGGAAAAAGAUUAAAUAAAUAAAUAAAAGUAGGUAAUGGUACUAAAAACUACACACCAAAAGUGACAUAAAUGUAGACACCAAAAAACUGAGCAAAACACUUAAAGAAUUUUUAGCAAAUUAAAUCUCAUGCAUAUCUAUGACACAUGUAUGGAAUGCCCAGAUGGCUUAACAAUUGGAAAUUUAAUGUAACGUUAAAUAAGUGUAAUAUAAAAAGGAAUACAUCUUGUCUUUGGCCCAGGAAAAUUCAGAAUAACUGCUGGUCACCAGAAAUGCCAACCACGUCAUUAGAGGAUUAAAACGUUUGUCAAAAUGUCCUUUGGGAAGGAAAAAGAUUGAUUAAAUCAUAACCACAUUACCAAGCACAAUCAUGACUACGAAAUGAGACUCCAGUCAAACCUCUGGAUGCUUGAGGCUGGGGAUUUAGCUCAGUGGCAUAAGCACCUGCCUGACAAGCACGAGGUCGUGAGUUCAAUCCCCGGUACCAAAAAAAAAAAAAAAAAAAAAAAAGAGCUCUGGAUGCUAAGGCUUGGUUACUUUGGCAAAUACAUCAAAGUUCCAGGUGAAGCCAUGGAAUCUCCACAUCUGGGGUCAUCCUACACCUUGCCUUAUGUGUUCUCCAUUUAGCUUUUCCUGAGUCUUACGCCUUAUAACAAAAAUAAAAUUGUAAGUAAAGGUAGCACUCUGAGUGAGUUCAGUGA